AUGCCGCUCUACAAAAUCAAAAUCACCAGUGCAGCAAUAGCGGGUUUCGCAUCCCAUUGGGGAUACUUCAUCCACGGGGCGCAUCAUAAAAGCGCCCCUACUCUUGCCUUGAUCUACGCUGCACUUGCCACAACCAAAUAUCUCCAUGAAUUGAUCUUAUACGAUUUCUCCAUAAUUCCAGCGUUCCAAGACUCUUUCGCAUUCAUCGCAGCAUAUGCCGGGGCACUUUUCAUUUCCAUGAGCGUUUAUCGAGUCUUCUUCCAUCGAACUCGUUCAUUCCCAGGUCCUUUUCUCUGUCGCGUCAGCAAGCUUUGGCAUUCCUGGAAAGUUCGCGACGGAACAAAUCACGUUUACUUGGAAAGCCUACAAAAGAAAUAUGGCACUUUUGUUCGAACUGGUAUAUUAUAAACUUCUUCCUACUAAACGCCAAUAAGCUAAAUUUGAUGAUCUAGGCCCGGCAGAAAUCACAGUUUUUACUGCUGCAGGUCUUGAGGCUGUCGACGGACCUGGAAAUACCUGCGUAAGGGGACACUGGGCUGAUGCUUUUCACCCAGAUCUAAAUAUCAUCAGUAUGAGAGAUCAAGGACAUCAUGAUAAUAGAAGACGCAUUUGGAAUUAUGCAUUUAGUGUUAAAGGUAUGUAUACAGGCAUGGAUAAAUUUGACGCUUGAGAGCUAAGUAGCUCGAUCAUGCUAAUCGUCGCCCUAGCACUUAAGAGCUUUGAGAAUCGGCUUAGAAGGCAUGGGGAACACAUGGACCAGUAUCUCCAGUCAGCGGACGGUCAGGCUGUCAAUUGUAACGAUCUUUUCAUAUGCUAUGCUUUUGACCUUAUGGGUGAUUUGUCGUUUGGAAAAUCUUACAAUAUGCUUAAUGGUGGAAACUGGCCAGACUCAAUUUUAAGAUUGCGCCAGUUCUUGCCUUUUUUCGGGCCUUUGAAUCAGUCCACAUGGCUGAUAAACCUGGGGCUGGGAAUCCCUGGUUGCUCCACCGACUGGAAAGCCUUCGUGUUGUAUUGCAAGCAAAUCAUGAAGGAAAGGAUUGAGGUGUGUAGAUGGCGAAGCAUUAUUGAGAAGUAAGAAACCGCUAACACCUUCAGACCGAAGUCAAAGAAAAAGACGUGAAGCCCCAUCCACACCAGCAAAUUCUGACUUUAUCCUGACUUGUUAUCAAGAUUUCUUCGUAUUUAAUUGAAGGCUCUAUAAAAAACGACACACUUGAACAGGAUCGUCACGAUCUUGAGAAUGAUGCAGUGGCUUUGAUACAUGCUGGCAGGUGCGUUUCUAUUAUUUCUAUUCUGAUCUCUACAAAACCGCAAUCAAGGCUCAUUAUACGUCUCGAUAGUGAUACCACUGCCACAGCCCUGAUCUAUACAUUCUACUACCUCGCCACCCUCCCCAUCUACCAGCAACAAAUCCGAACGGAACUGAAAACGAUCUCAUCGAUUGAAAACAUCCCAGAAUUACAACAAUUGCCGAUUCUUUCGAGCUUCAUUAUGGAAGCUUUACGACUAUUUCCUCCUGCCCCGACGGUAUUUCCCAGGAUCUCGCCAAAUAAAGGGGUAACAAUCGAGGGGACUUAUAUCCCUCCCAAUACCACUAUAGUUACACCUCGUUAUUGCAUAGCUAGAUGUAUGUCUUCAGUAUUCAAUGGUCCAAACGAGAUUAUUCUUCCCAUUCUGAGAAGUAACUAAAAUCGCAAUACAGUAGAAAGUUCUUUCGAGCAGCCACGCGAUUUCAUCCCAGAGCGAUGGACUACCAAACCCUGGAUGGUAAGAGAUAAACGUGCAUGGGUACCAUUCUCACAAGGUAAAUAUUCGAUCUCCUAAUUAAUAAAUUAACCCUUCAAAAAGGCAUAGAUAAUAACAUAGGAACAGGCCGUUAUAGCUGCGUCGCAAAAGACUGGGCAAUGAAGAAUCUGACUUAUGUAACGGCACUUUUAGUGUCCAAAUAUGACAUUAGUCUUCCUCCUGGAGAAAAUGGAACGGAAGUCUGGAAAGAUAUGAAGGACUUUGUCACUGCAGCACCGGGGAAACUCAAUUUGGUUUUCACUAAAUACGAGGAGGAGUUUUAA